GAAAACGAAGCAUCUUAGGCCCAUAAUCACAUACCCUAACAAACGUAUCCCCCAGACAUAACACAGUAGCAAUGAGCUGUUCUUCCAACCCCCACCAACAACACAAGAUCCCCAAAGAUCUUAUCCUGGGACGCUCUUAUAUGGAAAGUAGUAGUGCCCAUUUUAAAGUGGUGAAGAACCGACGAAAGUUCUCCAUCACUAAUUAUCACAAGAGGACUGGUGAAGACGAUGAUGACGGCGAUCGGAAGAAAAAGCAUAGAGAGAUCGAGAGGCAAAGACGGCAAGAAAUGGCUUCGCUUUGCACAAGUCUCAGAUCCAAACUGCCCCUCGAAUUCGUCAAGGGAAAGCGUUCUAUGUCGGAUCACAUGAACGAGGCCGUGAAUUACAUCAAACACCUGCAGGCGAAGAUCAGAGAGCUGACCUUCAAGAGAGACGAGCUCAAGGGCAUUCAUAGUAUGGCUGCCCUCGACUCUCCUGGCUCUAUUUCUUCAUGCUCGACCACGUUUAUGGUCAAUUCAAGUCGCGAGAGCGUGGAAAUCGUGAUCAGCCGAAGCAUCAGGGAAAAGGAUUUGCUGUUAUCUACUGUACUAGAGCUACUUCUUCAACAAGGACUUGAUGUUGUUAGCUGUUUUUCCAGUCAAGUCAAUGAUAGGGGAGUCCACACAAUCCACUGCGAGCUGGCCGAUGGCAACGGAAGUUUCGAUUUAACUGAGUUGGAGGGGGAACUCAAGGAAUUGCUCAUUCGAUGUUGAACCCUUAAUUGCAAUUUGCAAGUAAUCUAACAUAUGACUACCAAGACUGGCGGUAAUACUCGAGAGGAUUUGUGACCCUUAUGGAAGGAUGAGGCCUCCUGCUUGGGUUUUAACUCAGUUUUUGAUAUUGGAAGAGGUAUGAGAUUUUGAUUGUAGUAGCUUUUGCAUAUCAGAAAUAGGCAAAAUAGUACCUUCACAUAAAUGUAUUGCAACAACUGAUGAGCUUCAUUGUAGAAAGCAAACAGAAAGUUGUUUCCAAGUUAAUUGGUGUGCACUGCUUGUAAGUCGUGGGUAAUUGAUAUCUAUGGUAUGUUUGCUUUGCACAAUCUACCAAGAGCUUUCAUGCU